AUGCGGCUAAGACCAUAUAUUCUGAAGACGUCUAAGAAGCCUGAGGAGGACGAGGACGAGGACGAGGACGAGGAGGACGUGGACGUGGACGAGCCAUCCGACAAGACCAGUGGCUCAGGCAGUAGCAGUUCCAUGGAGGACGAGGAGUCAGAUCUUGAUGUCAAAUCCAAGAGGCGUAAGUCGAAGAAGAGCCAAGUUGAGGAGGACUACGACAUAGAGAUGUUCCCGUUGAAGAAGAAACCUCACAAGAGAAGCGCCCAGGUCACUUCUCUUUCUCUUUCACUAGAGAUGAAGCUAACCAACAUUUGGCAGACUGUAGCAGAGGAUGGCGACGAUGAGCUAGUUGGUCGCAGACGGGUUCUAAAGAGGAAGCGUGGUACAGGCCGUCGGAAGGGACGUCGUGGUCCUAAAAUCAACAUUGAAGACUUCAAACCUUAUCCUGAAGCACGACACAUUGCAAUCAAGGCUAGGGAAGCCAUGCGAUGUCACAUCUGUCUUCAAGAAGCCUUCCCACGCAACAUCAAUAACUUCAUCUGGGACCUAGUACGUAGUACAUGUGAUUCUCCCAAUGAGAUCAAGUACCUCGACGGUCUGGAAGAGGCUGAGCUGGAUGACGGCGAUGAUGAUGAAGAUAUCAAAGCCAUGUUGAUUACCUAUAUCAGCUACGUGGGACCAUUGAUGAGGAAUGCCGUGAAGGAUCGUGCCACCUUGUUGGCGCCUGGGAACUAUCGGUUUCUUGGCCCAGGUUCAGACGCAUCCAGCAUUAAAUCAAAGGUAGCCUUUCUGUUGGAAAAGGGUCACCUUCAUUACGCUGAAGUGAACGCUCUGAAGCGAAGCUUUGACGCUCAAGCUCCUUUUGGCAACAGUGCCAUAGCUGAUGUUAUUCGAAGGGUAUUCUUUGACGGCUCAGGCAGUCUGACAACCCAGAUGGCCUUUGGCAAAAUGCUGCAGCUUAAGGCCAUACCGAAGGCCCUGCUCGCCUUGGUAAUCGCAGCUCUUCAUCAUGCAGUUAACGAAUAUCGUGAUGGAUACCGUACGGAGGUCAAAUUCAAGACAAACAUUGUCAGGCCUAUUUACGAGCAUUAUAUGGCCAGGCUUAAUUAUGUCGAGCAGAAGUCGCCAAACUGGUUCAAGAAGUUUCAAGAGUCUUUAUGGCGUGAUAUAAUGAAUAUUUCCAAGCCAGGAUUCUUGCAUGCUCAUGACUACGGUGAAGAUCCAGCGGACGAUUUUGAUGAGGUGGAUUUUGACGCCCUAGAGGCAGGCCCUGGCCGGUCAACCUCCAAGUCUAGUACUGCAUCAUGUACUUCAUCUGUGCCUGCCUCUGCCGCUACCUCGUCUACACCUGCCCCUGUCUCUGCUUCUGGACUAGCUUCACAAACACUCUCCAGAAGUCCAACUCCAGUCCCUAGUGCAUCGUAG